UGUCCACUAAUGAAUCUCUCUUGGUCUAACGGUAAGAAAGGAAAAAACAAAAAGGACAGCUAGCCUCCACACUCUCUCAGAGACUCUCUCAUUUUCCAAUGGCUCUAGGUCACAGAAAAAUAAAAUAAAAAGGAAAAAGGGGAACACUGUUCACCUUCUUUCCCACAACUCCCUUCACUCACGUAGAACGCCAAAAACCAGACCAUCACUCUUCUUAUCCCUAAUCACAACUGUCAUCUUCUUCCUCCAACCCACCUCCAUCUUCAUCACCCCCGUAUCUGACUCCUUCACUCUUCAUCUCACCGCCGGAAACUCCUCUCAAACAACAACCAUCACGCCGGAGAAUCGCCAUCUUCACCAUUAACAACCUCAUUCUCCUCCACGGAAACCACCGUCAAUCGUCACUCACCUUCAAUCGCUCAACAACCUUCCGUCAUAGCACCAAGCCCCUUUCGGCCAUCUUCGUCGUCACCGGUAACAUCCCAAAUCGCCACCAACCACCGCGAUUUUCUUACCACCAUUGCUCCUCCGAUCAUUCAACAGAGGCAUCAACUCAUAACACGACAACAAAACUCAACAAAAUGUUGAUAGAUGCAGCAACAACUUGUAGCUUUGGAAAUCCACGUUUCGGGACAUUUUUGAUCGAGAUCCUGGUUGAGAGACUCCUUGUUCAGAUAUGAGGCCCGGUAUGAAGGACGAUGUGGUCUACAGCUUCUUUGACCCAGAGAUCAGUGUGCUGAAGGAUAUGAUAGCUUUGAUUACGCCCGACCAUGUGGGGAUGUUUCGUGAGAUGUAUGGGGGUAUCCUGAAGAUGGUUUUCAGACUCACUGACAGAGAUAGGAGUGUCAUUCAUACACUUCUCCAGUUCUAUGAUCCUGGUUUGAGGUGCUUCGUCUUCCCAGAUUAUUUAUUAGGGCAUUUGAUGGAGGAUUAUGCUGGUAUCUUGGGCAUUCAGAUCAGAAAUCAGGUUCCUUUCUAUGCUACUAAGGAAGAACCUGAUAUUGGAGGGAUUUCCCGUGCUCUUUAUUUGAGUCCAGAGAUGGUCAAUGGGAGUCUGAAAGAGAAGGGGAAGUUGCCUGGUUUCCAUCUGAGUUUCCUAGAAGCUAAGGCUAAGGAGCAUGCUGAGUUAGGUAACUGGAACGCUGUCUGCACCUUGAUUGCUGUGAGCAUUUAUGGGACCAUCCUGUUUCCUAAUCAGAGGAGCUUCGUGGAUAUUAAUGCCAUCCGCUUGUUUGUUCAAAGGAAUCCUAUCCCUACUUUGAUCGGAGAUGUCUAUUACUCGGUCCAUAAUCGGAAUGAGAAGAGGCGUGGGGGGUUGAUUCGAUGUUGCACUCAGUUGUUAUAUAAGUGGUUUAUGGGAUAUUUGCCUACCAGGGGUGCUUUUGUUCUUCUUGACCGUACUGUCAAUUGGGCGACCAAGCUGAUGGGUUUGCGGGCCAAAGACAUAGCUUGGACUCACAGUAGCGGGGUGGGACAAGACUUUAUUUGCAGUUGUGGGGGUUUUCCCAAUGUGCCGCUUAUAGGAGUUCAGGGUUGCAUUAAUUAUAACCCUACACUUCUUAAGAGACAAAUGGGAUUCGCUAUGGAGGUUCCUCCUUUCAAGAGUGAGAUUCAGGAAACUUUGUACUUCCCGGUUAGGCCAAGUUAAGGCAGGUAGCUGAUGCAUGGCGCAGUAUUCAAAGGAAAGGCAAGUUUUCUUGGGGCAGAGCCAAUAACAGGUCUUUUCCUCCGUUUGAUGACUGGCUCCGUAAGAGAGUGGAGCUCACUUGUCUACCGUUUCCUAUGGUUGAUCCUUGGUAUCCGUUGAUUGAGGAAUCUCCUUCUUCUGUUAGUAUGGAAGAGUUCCUAGAGAUGAAGCGGGAGAGAGAUCAGUUGCUUGCAGAGAAAACGGAAUUGGAGAUGAGUGUCGCUCGGGUUCAGAUGGCUAAUCAGGAGAUCAAAGUGAAGAUGGAAGAUCAGGACAAGCGACAUGCCCUGGAAGUGAAGCGCUUUGAGAUGGAUACCGCUUACUAUGGGAAGGUCAGUCAGGCUUUGGCAUCGUCAACAAAGGAGCACGACAUCACCAAAGAGAGAUUGGCUAGAGCUUCAAAGGUCAUUGAAGAUCAGAGGAGGAGGCAAAUCCUCGUGAGGGAUCAGAGGGAAGACAAAGUCAGAAAUCUCAUUGCUGAGUGGGAGUCAAAACUGAAGAUCAAGGAAUCAGAGAACCUGAAGAUCAUCACUGAGAGAGAUCAUUAUAUCGCUGAGAGAGAUCAUUAUAUCGCUGAGAGGGAUCAUCAUCUUGCUGAGAGAGAUCAUUACUUCAGGAAGAUGAAGAUUCACCAGAAGGAGGUGGGGAGAUUAUAGCAGGAGAACACAGAGCUCAGGUUCGCCGCAGAGUUUGCGAAGAUGGUUGAUGAUAUAGGGCCUUCUGUGGGACCCUCGUCAUGAUAUACCUUUUUCUUUUGUGUGGAUUACCGUCAGGCCUGUUGACGGAAUUCACUUGCUUAUAUUUCCUUUCUGAUUCUGGAGAAUUGUAUUCGAUUUGUAUCAGCUGUGAUGUAUGACUAUGGCGCUUAUUGUGCAUUUUGCUAUGUGAUGGUUAUUUUCAUUCA